ACAUAUUUUAUCGUCAAUUACAUCACAGAAUAGACAUUUAUGGUACAAAAAUUUGGGUGUGGAUGAAUAUAUAUAGAAAUGUGGGUAUAUCCCUGCUCAGAUAUAGGAGAUUUGUGAUAGUGGAAAUAAGUGUUUUAACAAAUGGCAAGUGUAGAGGAGCUCUGUCUUUCUAAGCUCACAAUUGAUGCAGUGGAGAUUUUGGUAGAGAAAGGGAUCACAAGCAUCCCUGAAAAGUUUAUCAGACCACCAGAAGAGCGUUUCACAUCUCCUACUCCAAGUGAGGAUGUGGAAGAGCAAGUCCCUGUCAUAGAUUUGCAAGGACUCAACUGUUGUGAGGGGAGUAUUGAGAGAGAAAAGGUUUUGAAGCAGCUGGCUUAUGCCUGUGAGAACUGGGGCUUCUUUCAGAUUGUGAACCAUGGGAUUCCAGAGUCUCUAAUGGAGGCUAUGAUGAAUGUGGGCAAGGCUUUCUUUGCUCUGAGUGUGGAAGAGAAACAAGCUUAUGCUGCCUUACCUGGUUUGAUCAUGCAGGGGUAUGGGAGUAAAUAUAUAGCAAGGGAGGGUGCAACAAGAGAUUGGAGGGACUACAUCUAUCUUCUGCUGCAGCCUCACUCCAUAAGAGAUUAUGAUUAUUGGCCUUCUGAUCCUUCUGACUUCAGAGAGGUGGUCCACAAUUACAGUGAGGAGGCCCUAAAAUUGGCUAAAAGGCUCAUGGGGGCAUUCUCUUUAAACUUGGGCCUUCCUCAAAAUUAUCUGGAAACAUUCAUUGUGCAGCCUUAUCAAAAUAUGCUCAUCAACUACUAUCCUCCCUGUCCUGAGCCAGAACUCACAGCUGGGUUUUAUGCACAUUCAGACAUUGGCAUGGCCACAUUGCUUCUACAAGAAACAGGCUCUAAAGCCCUUCAGAUUAGAAAGAAUGAUAAGUGGGUCCCUGUGGUAGCAGCAUCUGGAGCCUUAUUAGUCAAUGUAGCUGAUCAAGUAGAGAUUAUCAGUAAUGGGAGAUAUAAGAGUAUUGAACAUAGAGUUGUGGCUGAUAAAGAAAAACCAAGAAUAUCAAUCCCAGUUUUCUGUGAUGCUGCUCCACAUGCCAUUAUUAAACCUGCCCCAGAACUUUUGGAGAGCAGGAAGAAUGAUGAAGCUGCAAAGGUUGAAGAGAUGAAAGAAAAUCCCAACUAUUCCACUAUAGUUUUUAAGAACCAUGAAAUUGCUUUCUACACAGAUGGUGCAAAUAGUAAGAAGUACGUCCAAUCAUACAUGGUGCAGGCUUAAGGCUGGUGAAUUUCAAUCUUCAAGACAAUAUCGUAAUGAGUGUUGCUUAGUGUAGUUUAUUUAAAAUAUGUAUUAUGUAAUUAAAUAUAUAUGUAAAAUAGUUAAAGGAGUUGAAUUUAAUUAGUAAUAGUUUUGUAUUUUUAUUGAGAGGAUUUAUGUUUAAAUUUUUGAAGUAACAUCUAUGAUGGAUUAAUAAGUUGUAAUUUAAGGUUAAUAUCUAUGUUUUUUCAAAUGGAAUGAUCUUUAAAUGUGUUA